UGUUUCCAUUUCAAAUUUUCUCCUAUUUCGAUACCUCCGCCAAAUCUUCUUCUUCAUUCUUCCCAAUCACAUUACUCUCUCUCUCUCUCAUCUCUCUGAGCUGUUUCAUCAAUACAACAGCAUUUAACUCCAUUCUCCAGAAAUCCCCUCCCAAAUUCAAACCCUAACUAUUAAACAAUUGAUAUUUUUCUACCAAAAUCGUUUUUGAAUGGUUCUUCAUUACUGAUGGCGUCAUCAGCGUUCAAAUCGACGACUCGGAGAACCACCUUAGGUGGAAGUGACGGCUCCUCCGGCAACAACUCCAGUAACAACAAAGCUCAUCGCCGUUCCAGGAGUCUCAGCCGAGUUGCCCACGGUCCACGGCGCUAUGAGGAGCCGGAGUCUACACCGGCUGACUUAGGGUACAAUGCAGGUCCACGUGGCAAAUUCGUAAAUACGACUAGAGGAUCAGGAGUUCCUGAAAUCAGCCUUGAUGAUCUCGCUAUUGAAUUCUUCUCUCAGGAAGAGGAGAGAGAAAACAGUGACCGUAGUAGUUUAGGAAGGCGUGCGUCGAUUGGGCAUUGGGCGAGUGAAACGGCGUCGUCGAGGAGGCGUGGUAGGUCAGUAUCGAGGCAGGGUUCGAAAGGCGUCACUGCUGGUGAUAGGAAGAGCGUUGCUGCUGAUCGUUCACGGAGUAAGGUAGCCACGUCAGAUGCUAGUUCGAGAAGGAGGAGGUCGGUUUCUGCUGUUCGAUAUCAGAUUAGCGAUUCCGAGAGUGAUGCAGAUCAUUAUCGAAAUUCCAGCAGCCAAAUGGACAUUAAGAAGAACCAGAGCAACAGAAUUAGUGACUUUCCUUCAUCACUGAAGCCAACAGCUGUAAAUAAUCCACAAUUAAAGAGGUCUUUUAGCCAAAAAGACAUGUCACUGUCACAUGAUGGCUACUCUAGUCACUCUUCUGCCUUGACUGAUGAUGACACAAAGGAUGCUCGUACCGGUAAAAAUAGCAUCGAGAAAACCAUUCGAGCAGUUUAUGCGCAGAAAAAGGGUGAGCACCCAACUGGGGAUGUUGUGAAUGGUGAACUGUACGAAGCAAUGAGAAAAGAACUCAGGCAUGCUGUUGAAGAAAUCAAAACUGAACUUGAACAAACCAUGGGGAAGAAAACUAGUGGCUCCAAGUCAGGUCAUGUGGCCAGAAAGAAUUAUGUAACGAAAUUGGAGCAGGAAGACCAGAGAGGUAGGGAUCGACGGAUUGUCAAAGAUCUUCCUGAUACAAAAAAUUCUGCUGCUGGGCAGAAACAACCACGUAGAAAGAGAAGCAAUGAUAGAAGCAGGACAUCAACACAAUUGAAUGAGGAGGCAGAGAAGUUUUUUGAGGAUUUCAUUGCAAAUAUAGAAGAUACAGAUUUUUCUUCAUUUGAUGGAGAAAGAAGUGAUGCUAGUUCCACAUUAGGAGGAAUAGCUAAGCCAAGGGAUAGUAUAACUUAUGGGGAAGCUGUUAAUCAGAGUCCAGCAGGAUCUAAUUGUCAUCCUGUGGGAACGGAUGGGGUUAUCUUACCCUGGUUACAGUGGGAGACAAGCAAUGAUGGUUCUUUCACUCCCACAAAAGAAAUGCAAACUCCUGUUAGUAGGAAAACGUCAAUAUGUGAUGCAAGACAGGACAUCACCUCCCCUCAGAAUGAUAGUAGUUAUUCCAUCAGCAGCCAUGGGAGUUGGAGCCCAGCAAUUCUGCAGAGUCAACAGAAGAAUAGAGCAAUCUAUACGAUUGAAGAUGGGGGAAACAUAUCCGGAGAACUUGAAAGUAGCCAAAGUUCAGGAUUUGAUAUGGCGGAAUAUAACAAGCUUAAACGAAAUGAAGAGCUGUUGUUUGAAAGGUACAGAGAACGAAAUAGAAUUAGUUCAGGUGGUCUUUUACUUUGUGGUCAUUUUCUCUAGUGCUGAUACUCAUUUGCAGCUAGUAAAGUAUAUAACUUGAGCAAUUUAGUCGGAGUACCAAAAAUUUACAUGUAGUCAGUCUUGGAGUUGGAAUACACUCCAUCUUGGGUUUUGGUCGGUAACUUAAUAAUGAUUGGACACGCCAAGUCACCAACCACGA